AUGGCGUCUUCUAAGGAUCAAAAGAAAGGUGUCUCCAAGACAUCCAAGGGCUCCAAGCAGGCCGGUUCGGCUGCGAAGGCUGUCCUCAAGGGUGUUCACUCCCACCAGAAGCGCAAGGCCCGCUACACGACCUCAUUUCACCGACCCAACACGCUGAAACUUGCCCGUGCUCCCAAAUACCCCAGGAAGGCGAUUCCCCAUGAGACCCGUCUUGAUGAGCACAAGGUGGUCGUCCACCCUCUUAACACGGAGAGCGCCAUGAAGAAAAUUGAGGAGAACAACACGCUUGUUUUCAUCGUCGAUGUCAAGGCCAACAAGGCUCAGAUCAAGCUUGCAUUGAAGAAGCUUUAUGACAUUGACACCGUCAAGAUCAACACCCUCAUCAGGCCCGAUGGUUCCAAGAAGGCCUAUGCUCGUCUCACUCGCGAUGUUGACGCUCUCGAUAUUGCUGCCAACAAGCUCGGUCUUGUAUAA